AUGCCGGAAAACGAACAGGCACAAGAGACUCCACACACAAGCCAACGCCUGUGCAACACCCCGGAAGCACCGAAAGCAGAAGUCUUAGUCAAGUCUCAGCCAGAUUCCGAACAAGUUUCGACCAGGAAAUUCAAACCAGUUCAUUUUCUCGUCGCCGACGACAAUAAGAUCAUGAGAAUGCUUGUCACCAAGCUCAUGGAUCAGUUGGGUCACAACUGCGACUUGGUAGUCAACGGCGAAGAAGCAGUCGAGGCGUAUAAGGAAAGGCAUCAGGUCUUUCAGUGCAUCCUGAUGGAUGUUUCAAUGCCUAUCAUGGAUGGUAUUGAGGCCACAAGGCUUAUUCGCACAUUUGAAACUGAAAACAAAUUGAACCCUGGCUUUAUUGUGGCUCUUACUGCCGGGACUCGGACGCUGUUCAAAGAAGACAGGGACAGAAUGCGCAAGUUCGGCUUCACUACUGCGUUGAGAAAGCCCUUCCACCUGAAGGAUGUGAAUAGUCUUGUGGAUGAGCUGGGUCUUUUCCGCGAGGUUUGA